UUAUUGAUUGAUUGGAUUAAAAUAGGACCAGGAUGCUCGUCAGUGGCGUAUGGUGCAUCGGAAGAGAUAGGGCCAUUUAAGAUAAAGAAGUCAGCGACAGGAUUAUACAUGAAUAAGUUCUCAUGGAAGCAGGCUGCAAAUCUCCUUUUCUUGGAAACUCCAGCAGGAGUUGGUUUCUCUUAUUCCAAUAAGUCAUCUGAUCUCUUUGAUACCGGUGAUCGUCGCACUGCAAAAGACUCCUUGGCAUUUUUGAUCCAUUGGAUGAAUCGUUUUCCACGUUACAAGCACCGAGAAUUAUACAUUGCAGGCGAGAGUUAUGCUGGACAUUAUGUCCCUCAAUUAGCGAGAGAAAUUCUAGCCCACAAUGCCAAAGCCAAGCAUCCUCUAAAUCUCAAAGGAAUUAUGGUAGGAAAUGCAGUGACAGACAACUACUAUGACAAUUUAGGAACUGUUACAUAUUGGUGGAGUCACGCCAUGAUCUCCGACAAAACCUUUCAUCAACUGAUUAACACCUGUGAUUUUCACCGGCAGAAGAACUCUGAGGAGUGUGAAACUCUGUAUUCGUAUGCCAUGGAUCAAGAAUUCGGCAAUAUCGACCAAUACAACAUAUAUGCACCACCUUGCAAUAACUCUGAUGGUGCUACUAGGGGUUCAAGUUCAACCCACAGGAACAUGAAGUUGCCUCACCUUCCUCAUCAUAUAUUCCGAAAAUUUUCUGGGUAUGAUCCAUGUACUGAAAAAUAUGCUGAGAGGUACUACAAUAGGCCAGACGUGCAGAAAGCUCUCCACGCCAAUACCACUAAGCUUUCAUAUAAGUGGACUGCAUGCAAUGAAGUUUUGAAUAGGAACUGGAACGAUACAGAGGUCUCAAUUCUUCCUGUUUAUCGCGAGCUAAUGGCAGCUCGUUUGCGAAUUUGGGUUUUCAGUGGAGAUGUGGAUUCAGUGGUGCCAGUAACAGCUACUAGGUACUCUCUUGCACAACUGAAGUUGCAAAUUAAAAUCCCAUGGUAUCCUUGGUAUGUUAAGAAACAGGUUGGAGGGUGGACAGAAGUGUACGAGGGGCUAACAUUUGCAACAGUAAGAGGUGCAGGACACGAAGUGCCGCUAUUCAAGCCAAGAGCAUCCCUUGAGCUACUCAAAGCAUUCUUGAGAGGAAAGCCUCUCGCUAAGUCAUCAUGACUUUUCAUCAUUUAUCUUAGUUUAGCAAAAACAUUGUUGUUGACUUACAUUUAAUAUUUGCCAAAAUGAGCGAUACAAUUUCGGAAUAUUAUCCUUUUUACAAAUCUAAAAGGAAAUUGUUUUUAAUAUCUUCCUCUGAAAUUGUAUGGGAAGAAUAUGUUAAUUGUUAGGAAGAUUAGAAAUUAAUGUUGGGGAGAACUGGAAAGGUCUUAAUUUCUUUUUCAAUGGAGUUCAUAUGUUCAGUUGGUUUGAGUAAGAUUGCCCGUACAAGUAACUGAGGAGUUUUAUUACAACGGUAUAUCAAAAUUGCACAAUUGAUAUAAAUGGUGGGGUUUAAUCCAUAAUCUUUUAAAAAUAGCAAAUAUUGCUACCGUAAAAAUCAAUACUGACCUGAGUCACAUUUACAUUAAAUAUAUUGUUCCUAAGGAAACUGGGCAGUUUCAGCCCUCCAUCUAAGCACGAUGAUCUCAGCCAAACGAUUGUUUUUUUUUA